AUGGCCGAAUCUACCUCUACACAGAAGGUCUGGCUGGCGUCUAACGACAGUGCCACUAUUGAAGUCGACCGCGUUGUUGCCGAGCGAUCCAUGUUGAUCAAGAACAUGUUGGAAGACAUUGGCGAUGAGGGUAUCAACGCUGAGAACCCUAUUCCUAUCCCCAACGUGAACGAGGCCGUUCUUCGCAAGGUGAUUGAGUGGUGCGACCAUCACCGCAACGAUCCCCUCCAGGCACAGGAUGACGAUUCCGACGCCCGCAAGAAGACGACUGAUAUCGAAGAGUGGGACCAGAAGUUUAUGCAGGUCGAUCAGGAGAUGCUGUUUGAAAUCAUUCUCGCAUCCAACUAUCUCGAUAUCAAGCCUCUUCUUGAUGUCGGCUGCAAGACCGUCGCCAACAUGAUCAAGGGCAAGUCUCCCGAAGAGAUCCGCAAAACUUUCAACAUCACGAAUGAUUUCACUCCUGAGGAGGAGGAGCAGAUCCGCCGGGAGAAUGAGUGGGCCGAGGAUCGUUAA